AAUUACUAUUAGACAAUACCACACAGGUAUACCUGUACAGAGAGAGUUUGUUGGGCUUUUAUUUUCCAUGUGAAGUGACCUAAAAGACAGCCAAGUUCGCAUAUUUCUUACUAGUUCGUUGAAUAAAUCUAUCUGUGUAAAAAAAAAAAAAGGUGUUUCAUGAGAUAGAAUCAAUGCCUCUUGUUCGUAAUCUGAUGGGAGAAAAAUUUUGUAUAUAAAGAAAGUGAAAUGUGUUUGUAGUGUUUGAUUCUAUGCCUCAAGAAAUGAAAAGCAUUAGUUUUGUAAGGCUCAUGUAGCAGAGUCAAGGAAAGAAACUAGAUCUCUCAAGAACUCAGACAUUGUUGAGAUCAUGGGAACUUUGGCACACGAUAAUGAGAAUGUACACUCUGAAGAGUACGUAUCAUUGGGUCUUAAAGAAUCGAGUAUUGGAAAUUCAGGAAACCCCCAAGUUUUAUCACUUUUCUCAACACUCCUUGAGAGAGCUGUUCAAAAAAAUGAAAGGAUACUGGAGGCCACGAAAAUGAAAGAUGAUAUCACAAUAUUUCACGGUUCAAGAGCACCUUCUUUGAGCAUUUGUCAAUAUAUUGAUCGAAUUUUCAAGUACUCGAGCUGCAGCCCAUCGUGCUUUGUUAUUGCACACAUAUAUGUGGAUAGAUUCGUUCAACGGACAAAUAUGUUCUUAACAUCCCUUAACAUUCACCGAGUUAUAAUAACCAGUGUAAUGGUGGCAGCAAAAUUUAUCGAUGACGCAUUCUUCAAUAAUGCAUAUUAUGCUAGAGUGGGAGGCGUAAGCACGGCAGAGUUGAACAAGUUGGAGAUGAAGUUUUUAUUUGGUCUCGAUUUCGAACUUCACGUGACUCUGCAGACAUUCAAGAGGUAUUGUUCUCGGCUGGCAAAGGAAGCCAUAGACGUGCUUCAGAUUGAACGGUCGUCCCAGGCAUGUGGAGUAAAAAAGAGCUGGCAAAACAAAGAUGAUUCCACUUAUGCUCCUACAAUUGCAAGAUGAAAUUCUGCUUGGGCUAGGCAAAUCUGAUGAUACGCUUUGGCGAUGCUACCAACCAAUUUAAAGGCCUGCUAGUGUUAGGUGAUAGAAGGAACCCCUGAAAGAGUACACUAACUACGACUUUAAUGAUAACAGGGCCUCUCUUUCUCAGUCAAGUAGAUAUGAUUGUUGUAAGAGUAGGUUGGUUUGUGAACCAUUUUUCCUUUUGUUUUCCUUCAUACUAUUGUUGUCUUGAUUUUCCUUUUUUGAGUUUGUCAUGCUCCGCAGACCGCUUUUCUGUGUACAAUGAGAGAGAGAUGGUGUUGGGGUUCCGUGUUUGAUUAUGUAAAAGGAAACGCUGAACUUCAUAUAGUGGUUGCUAAAUAUUAAUCUUUGCCCAACUCA